AUGGCUUCAUCAGCAGCUCUCACUGCUUCUGCAGCUCUGAAGUCGCGGGUCCGUCGGCCUUCAAUGCUCAACAAACUCGCCCACGCGGAGGACCUUGUUUCGCAUUUUCCUAAUGGCGCGUAUGUCGGUUGGUCGGGCUUCACUGGUGUUGGAUAUCCUAAGAAGAUCCCGACGAUGCUGGCGAACCACGUUGAGAAAAACAAUCUGCAAGGCCAAUUGAAAUACUCACUGUUCGUCGGUGCUUCGUCUGGUGCGGAGACUGAGAAUCGAUGGGCGGAUUUAAAUAUGAUCGAGAGGCGGAGUCCACAUCAAGUUGGAAAGGCGAUUGCGAAGGGCAUCAAUAACGGCAACAUCAAAUUUUUCGAUAAACAUCUCAGCAUGUUCCCGGUAGAUCUGGUUUAUGGUUUCUACACAAAGGAUAGACCGAACAAGAAGCUGGAUGUUGUCAUCGUCGAGGCAACCGCGAUUACAGAGGAUGGUGGGAUUGUGCCUGGCGCGUCUGUGGGAGCGUCCCCCGAGUUGAUUCAGAUGGCUGACAAGAUUAUUGUUGAAGUAAAUACCUCUAUGCCAUCAUUUGAAGGUCUUCAUGAUAUCACAAUGACCGAACUUCCUCCGCGCCGGAAGCCUUACUUGAUCAUGGCUCCUGAAGAUCGGAUCGGCACGACGUCAAUUCCAGUUGACCCAGAGAAAAUCGUUGCUAUCAUCGAAUCCGAUUACCAGGAUCAGACUCAGCCAAAUUCUGCAGAAGACGAUACAUCUCGAGCUAUCGCCGGUCACUUGAUCGAAUUUCUAGAGCAUGAAGUCAAGCAUGACCGCUUGCCACCAAACUUGUUGCCAAUACAGUCGGGCAUUGGCAAUAUUGCGAACGCUGUUAUCGGCGGACUUGCCACUUCCAAGUUCCAGAAUCUGAAAGUAUGGACAGAAGUAUUGCAAGACACAUUCUUAGAUCUUUUCGACUCUGGCAAGCUCGAUUUCGCAACUGCAACAUCUAUUCGUUUCUCUCCUGAGGGGUUCAAACGUUUUUACGACGGAUGGGAACAAUAUUAUAACAAGCUCCUCCUGCGAUCUCAGCAAGUUUCCAAUUCGCCAGAAAUUAUCCGCCGACUAGGUGUUAUUGGUAUGAAUACACCAGUCGAAGUCGACAUUUACGCCCAUGCGAACUCAACCUGUGUCAUGGGUUCUCGAAUGUUGAAUGGUCUUGGUGGUUCAGCCGAUUUCUUGAGAUCUUCAAAGUACAGCAUCAUGCAUACACCAUCCACACGACCAUCCAAGACUGAUCCCCAUGGAGUAUCAUGCAUCGUACCGAUGUGUACGCAUAUCGACCAAACAGAACACGAUCUCGACGUGAUUGUCACCGAGCAAGGACUUGCGGAUGUACGCGGCCUAAGUCCUAAAGAGCGAGCUAGAGUCAUCAUCGACAAAUGUGCCCACCCAGAAUACAGACCUAUGCUUCAGGAUUACUUUGCAAAAGCAGAAUUCGAAUGUAUGAGACGGGGUUGGGGCCAUGAGCCACAUUUACUGUGGAAUAGUUUCGAUAUGCAUAAGGCUCUAGAUCUGGAGGGGAGUAUGAAAAAGCUUAAGACUUGGGGUUAA